AUCAGAAAUCCAGUUGUUUUUCUUUUGCAUUUAUUUAUUAUUUACACAUUUGCGAUAGCGAUCUGCGAGAGAUGCGAAAAUCGCAGGGCUUGUCGUUCAGCUCGGACAGGCGUCUUGGCCUGGACGCCUCGGAAACCUACUCAACGUCUAGCUCGUCGCUCAACAGCUCUUUCAGUGACGGCAGCGAUUUGGUUAACUGGGAGGAAUACGUGGCCGAAGACGGCAGUCUCUUCUAUGCUGAAUAUGUGCCCAAUCCCAAGCCAAAUCCAACUGAGCGACGCGGUGAGCCGCUGCGUCGCUCGCUGCGCCUGGGUAAGAAAACUACGCGGCGACAGCAGCAGAAUAGAGGCCAGCAGGGCAAGCACAAUGGCAACCACAGCAACAACAACAACAACAAUCAUGGCAGCGGGGGGCAGCAGGCGCAGGUAGAGGCAGAGAACGAGGCGAACAACGGGUUCCGAUUCGCAGACAUCAAGAAUUCACACGCAGACGCCGACAAUCURAAGCAAUUGGAGCUGGUUAUAACGGCAACGGAUCGUUUCCGCUUUGGACGGCGCUCCACAGCCGUGGAGUCUAUACUCGGCUUUCGAGUGCUGCCCUUUCCCGACCAGCCCGAGUGCCUAAUGGUGGACAGCUUCGUGCACGAUAUCAGCGCCAUGCAGCAUAAUAUAAAACGGGGCGAUUGGUUCAAGUCGUUGAAUGGCAUCGAGAUUUAUGCCAGCAAUGUGGAUGAGCUACUGCAGCAGUUCCUGGAGCCCACACAGGUGUGCCUGGGCUUUCAGGGUGCCAGCAGUGCUGCUCCAGCUGCUGCAUCGGAUGACGCAGCGGCUCAGUGCAAUCAGAUUCCACAGAUGCACAAAUUGACUAGCUUUGCCAUGUUCGCGGAGCAGUUCGAUCAGCUGCUGCCGCCUGCCAUGACCGUGUCGGAGUCGCUGACGCCCUUUGGCCUGCUGCUGCUGCCACCGGAGUGCUAUCAGCAUGAUCAGCACAAGGAUUCGCUCUACUACUACCCGGAAUCGGCGCUGACGAACUUCCUGUACAAGGCGCGCGGCAGCUUCCUCACGCUCUGCUCCGUGCUCAACGAGCUGCAGACGGAGCCGYUGACAUCYCGUCUGCUGGUCGACCAGGUGCCCUACCAUGUCAACUAUCGCCGCCUGAAUGGCUUCCUGGUGCUGUUCGCCUAUGCAGCCCAAUUGUACAGCGCCACGGAAUGCAGCCUGAGAUCGGAUGAG